GUCACUCCUGGAGUACAGCAUGUUUGCAGGAAGACCAAGCUGCUGCUGCUGCGAGCUCCACUGCGCGUCUGUGCCUUUAAACACUUUGUGAGCGCGUCUCUCUCUGAGCCCGCAGUGAACUUCCCUCAACUCCAACGCACUCCGCGAAUACACCAGAGCUCCGUUUACUAUCCAGGAACUGGCUAACCUUCACAGCUAGACCCAUGGAAUUAUAACUAUGGAAUAUCACUGGAUACUGCUGUCCGUCUUUCUACAGUUAACCUUCCGGCCAGGUGACACAAAGCCCACCAUCACCCCCGCAGACCCCCACAUCGUCGUCGUGCUCAACAAACCCUUCGAGCUGCGCUGUCAGGGCGAGAAAGCAAUGCAGUGGCAGCGGGAGGACCGGCCGAGGGUGCGGGGCGAGAAAAAGAUCGACGGGAUGUCAACACUGCACGUCUCCAGGGCUCAGCCCGUUCACAUGGGACGCUACAUCUGCCUGGAGGAGAGUUCACAGGAGCAGACCUCCAUCUACGUCUACAUCAAAGAUCCUGACAAUCCUUUCAGAAAAUCGAUGGUGUUCAAGAUUCUCACUCGUGUGGGAGACGCUGCUUCCAUCCCCUGCCUGGCAACUGAUCCAAGUCUGGACAACCUGCGCCUGGAAACAUGUUCCAGUGCAGCCCUGGCCUCUGGUCUCCAGUUUUCCGCAAGCCUGGAGCAAGGCAUCACCAUCCACAACCCCCAGAAGGCCUACGAGGGCUGCUACGUGUGCACAGGGCAGCUUGGGGAGGAGCUGGUCAGGUCACAUGACUACUACCUGACUGUUAGACCAGUCCCCAUCGCUCGUCCUGUGAUCGAGCUGCUGGCGCCCAAACGAGUCAUUCUCACCCGAGGGGAGAGUCUCUCCCUCACCUGUAACACCACCAACGUCAACGGAGAGAUCAAGCUGAAGUGGGACAUCCCACCUGGCUCGGGUGCCGUCUGGUAUCCACAGCAACCAGCAAAGGUUGAUGUUGCUUCACGUAUCACGACGGAGCACUUCACACACGUCCGCAGCGCCACCUUGCACAUUGCCGCGGUGGAGCCUCGAGACACUGGGAGGUACCGAUGUGAGGCAGAGAACGAGAAGGGCAACAGCUCGCAGUCGUUGUGGCUCGAUGUUUGUGAAAAGGGAUUCAUCAACUUGUCGCCUACACAAAACAAAACCAUCCAGGUGCGUUCAGGCGAUAGCUUGUCCCUGAAUGUUGACUUGGAGGCUUAUCCGAAGCCGCACACUUUCUCCUGGAGCUUCACGGGCAGAGAGCUGAUGAACACGUCGGACCACGUCAUCACUACACACAGCCACGAGUAUAGGUACAGCAGUGAGCUGCGUCUGGUGCGACUUAAAAUGUCCGAAGGCGGAGUGUAUACCUUUAAAGCCUCUAACCGUGAUGCAUCAGUAAACCAAACCUUCUCCAUCUUUGUGAUCAGUAAACCUGAAAUUGUGUCACAUGAGGGCCCAGUGGAUGGACAGGUACGCUGUGUGGCGGAAGGGUUCCCUGCCCCGCAGAUCGCCUGGUACUACUGUGAGCAGCCAUAUGUUAGGUGCUCCCAACAGGUGAAUGCCACCCAGGAAGAGCAUGUCAUCACCAUCACCCUGUUCAGCCCACGCUUUGGGAAGACAGAGGUGGAGAGCAGGGUGAACAUCAGCAGAGGACGCUUCAACACUCUGGAGUGUGUGGCCACAGCGGAGGGAGAGCAGGCCUACACACUCUUCUCUAUCAGCGAGAGAACUGUUCCACAUGAUCUGUUCACCCCUUUGCUAAUUGGCUCCGUGUCAGCAGCGUGCAUCCUCUGCCUUGUCCUUAUCAUGCUCUUCUACAAGUACAUGCAGAAACCCAAAUACCAAAUCCAGUGGAAAGUUAUCGAUGGCAUCCAUGGAAACAACUAUGUGUACAUUGACCCCACCCAGCUACCGUAUGAUCACCAGUGGGAGUUUCCUCGAAACAAUCUGCGAUUUGGGAAGACGCUGGGAUCUGGUGCAUUUGGGAAGGUGGUUGAAGCGACUGCAUAUGGCCUCUCCAAAGCAGAUUCAGUCAUGACGGUGGCUGUGAAGAUGCUCAAAUCGAGCGCUCAUGCCACAGAGAAAGAGGCGUUGAUGUCAGAGCUGAAAGUCCUCAGUUACUUGGGAAACCACAUGAAUAUUGUCAACCUGCUGGGAGCGUGCACUGUUGGAGGACCCACACUGGUGAUCACAGAGUACUGCUGCUUUGGAGAUCUUCUUAACUUUCUCCGCAGGAAAAGGGAAUCCUUUAUCUGCUAUAAGCUGGAGGAGGAUUACUACUACCGCAAUGUCAUGCCGCAUGGAAAAACAGCUGGUGACAGCUUGAACGGCUACAUGACCAUGAGGCCUUCUGCUGCUGGCAACAUGCCGUCCGGCUUCACAGAGAAGAGACGCUCACUACGCAAAGGUGGCUCCUACGUUGAAGCAGAUGCACUGAGUGAGAUGUUCGACGAGGAUGGUCUGUCUCUAGACACUGAAGACCUUCUCAGCUUCUCGUACCAAGUGGCCAAAGGAAUGGAGUUCUUAGCAUCCAAAAAUUGUAUCCACAGAGACCUGGCUGCAAGAAAUAUCCUCCUGACUCAGGGAAGAGUGGCAAAGAUCUGUGACUUCGGCCUGGCACGAGACAUCACCACAGACUCCAACUAUGUCGUCAAAGGCAACGCUCGUCUGCCGGUGAAAUGGAUGUCUCCAGAAAGCAUCUUUGAGUGUGUGUACACGUUCGAGAGUGAUGUGUGGUCCUACGGCAUCUUGCUUUGGGAAAUCUUCUCACUAGGAAACAGUCCUUACCCCGGCAUGCCUGUGGACGCCAAGUUCUACAAGCUGAUUAAAGAGGGAUACAGGAUGGAUGCUCCUGAGUUUGCACCCAGUGAAAUGUAUCAGAUUAUGCGGUCGUGUUGGGAUGCUGACCCCUUCAACAGAUCCCCCUUCAGGAAGGUCGUGGAGAGGAUUGAGCAGCAGCUGUCAGAUGCCACUAAGCAUAUUUAUCUGAACUUCAGCUCCAGGAUCCCUUCGACGCCCAGAGCCAGGGAGGAGCCGGGGUCUCACGGCUCGGCUCCUGCUCGUCUCCACUCGGCUGGCGGUAACAGCCCAGCGACGCAGCCCUUACUGGUCCAGCAUGAAGUCUUCCUGGAGGGCACAAACCUCAGAGCCCAGCGGGUGUGAGGACCAACCCGACCUGUUUGGCUGCCUCAUAAAGUGCCUGUGAUGUUCAACUGCAAAACCACCAAAACAAUUCACCCGCCCACUGCUCCGGUACCAGCAGCAUCUGUUGAAACAUGUUGUAGACGGGGACGUUCAUUUUCUCUAUACGCAACAGAACAAAACAAAGGGCAAAUGGCAUUUUGUUGUUAUCACUGUAAUUGACUGCUGAUUACAGGGAGGACAGUCGGACUAAUGCUGCCCCGAUCACAGCAAAGAACACUUCAGGAAUUACGUUACUCCAGAACUGUCUUUCAGGACAUUAUUACACUGUUAUCCGUUUUUUCCACACAUUUCAGAAAAGUUGUGUUUUUUUAGCUCGUCAUGUAAUACUUGCUAUCUACUGGACAUAUUUUGUUUGUUUGGUUAUUUUUUGUUAUUUUUUCCUGCCAUGGAUAUUUAUGUAGUGUUUUCAUGUGGUUGGCUGUUGCAAUUUUUAGGAGGAAAAAAAAAAGCACUUGAGGCACUUGAACUUCACAUCAACACCACGUAAAGCAGCUGAGUUUAUUUUUAUACUCUUUUAUUGUCAGUAUUAUUUUCCAACUGUUCAGAUUCAUGUUUAUAUGAAGGAAAUACUUUUGGGGGCCAAUUAAAUGUAGAUAUUAAGAAACUGGUAUAUAAGCUAUUAGACUGCAGGGUAGGUCAUGGUUAUGAUGUUUUCUUAUGGCCCGUAAUGCAAACAAAGUCAAUGCUAAGAUCCUACAUUUGUACCCGAGGACACAAUUCAAGCAGAAAAUCACCUGUGGUGUAUUCACGAGUUUAAGUAGUUCAACUCAAGCAAAAAAAAAAAAAAAAAAAUAUAUAUAUAUAUAUAUAUAUAUGAUGGGUCGCAAGUCUAUCCAAGUAGCAUUUUAAAAGAUGACACCAAACUUGAUUAGAAAAAAAAGGCCAUUUGAGUUUUGUCCAUUUACAAUUCUGCAUUUAAAUGUAGUCAUUUUGACUUCUUUUCAACCUGUAUGUUGCAUUAAUUGAUUGCCAUAGGGUCAAUCCAAAGUAGCUAGAGGGAGUGGUGGGAUCCAGUAAACAAUUCCUGGAGAAACACUGCGAACAUUUGUUAAACACACACAAACAACCACAAACCGCUCCCACGGUCGAGCUUGUUUAAGUAACAUGCUUCUUUUUUUCCACAAGUGCUGAACUCUUCAGAGUGCUUUAAGUCAAUUAAGGCCCCGUGUCCACCUAGCGCUUUUUUCCUCAGCGCCAGCGUCUUUCUUCAGUUGUUUUCAAUGGGUACAGAGCAGAAAGCAGCCGACAGGAUGAAAAUCGCAGCGCUCAGCGUCUAUUUAACAAGCGCUCUGCCAUUCUACAGAUCGUAUCUUGUACCCACAUUCUCUUUGUGUCUGAUAGGGUAAAUAAACUAUCUUAAAUAUCAAACAUGCAGUAAAAAGUAACAGAGCUGUGUCGGUCAUACAGCGGACAUUGUCAACAACUGCCUACUGCCCAACAGACCUGUAGUAUUGCUUAAUAUGUAAAUUAUGUAACCUGAAACUUGUUUCAGGUUACAUAGGUUGUCAUAGAGACAGGACGGACGUGCUGCUCUUUUCUUCUCAGAGCACAAACGCUUCAUGCAAACACUCCCGAGCGCACAGACAAGGCUUUUCUGUCCGCAAAAAACGCCAGGUGGACACGGGGCCUAAGUUAAACAUUUCUGUUUUAAAUCGGUGUUGGAUGUCUCUAUAUGUAGAGAAACUAACAGUCUUUACUGGAUCUGAUAUCACAAAAUUGGUACGCUGUAGAAUGUUUAUGUGUACAUAACUGUAGGUGAAUGAUUUUGGCUUUUGCUUUAUGAUGAGAUGACAGGCGUCAUAUUUGACAAAGACUCUUGGGAAGCCUGAAACUAUUGCUGUUAGUCUUAGCUCCUAAGCAUGCAUUGCAGGUGUAUAGUUUGACUUUUUGACAGCUGGACUGCUGGAGAGUUCUCUUGUAAAAGUGUAAAUAACUGUUCAGGUUUUAUAGGGUCACUCUCUGGACAGAUUAAUGAUCUUUGUUUACAAGGAGGAGACAGGUACUGUAACUUCUGAGAUCUGCUUUUCAACUUCUCCCCCUUCAUGGCGGAUUAGGGAACAAGAACUUUCUGUUCUGGCUUACAGAUGGCUAUUAAAGACACCUGUAUAGUUCUCCAUUCUACAGUGGCAAUCAUGGAUGGAUGGAAAUCCCAUUUAAAGCAUGCACUCCAGAUGGUGUUUUGGUUAAAACAUUUUUUUUUUAAAUAGAAUUGGGUUGUGGUCAAAACUUAAAAUAAAAUGGAAAUUUUCUGAAUCAGAAUCUCAGGACAUAUUGGGCCACAAAGGAUGCACCAUAUGCAUCCUUUUGUUGGGCGGGGAAAGGAGGAUGUAUUUUCUGCUGUAUUUGAAGGAGACUUCAAAAUGGAACAGCCUUCUUCUACACGUUUUUGAGACACGAUCAGUCUUGGACUGCACCCUCAAAAUCGGGACAUAGCAAUCGGAAAGGUGGAUUUCUUGUUGAUUUUUGGUUCUUUUGGCACCUUGGGGCUGACUCCUCUGUCAUCCUGCUCUUGAUCACUUUGUUAAUGUAUUUGUAAAACUUGCCAAUUGUGCUAGUUAUUUAAAAUACUGUAAAGAGAACCAAGUCUCCAAUUUCCAUGAUCAGGCUAAAAAACAAGCUAAGACACAAAUGACCACAGCAACAAGUUAAAUAUCUGUCAGGGAACUCAGGCAGAGGAUAUUAUAAAAUAAUCUUAUAUAAGACACUUUCACCUUUAUCUGAGAAAAUUAAAAAGUGUGUGCUUGUACAGUUAUCUAGUGACAAGAAAAAGCAACAUUAGGUUUGUUUUUAGCAGCAUGCAGUAAUGCUUCUGAAUUAUUUCAGACAUCUUUAAAAUGCCAAAUUACACUGAGUUGAACUUUAAAUGGGGAGCAUCAUUCUGUGAAGUCAAAGGAAAAGCCAAGGUUCUUUACAUCUCUAUCCCACAUGUUGCUGGUUCAGAGCUCAGUCUGUUUGUCGGUCGUCUCAUUGUUCUCAGACCAGUAGCUGCUUUUCCCAGCAGUCCUUGCAGCUGUUUCCGCCAUCAAAUGUGGGACUUUCAGCACCUCUCAGCCUGUAGUCCGUCGUGGUCCAGACCAUUAUCAGAUCCCCCCUCCUCCCACUGGAUGUGGAUGUUGUUGUGAGAAGCAUCAGGAAAGUGUCCUGUUUGUGUGUAUGAGCAUGUGUGUGUUUUUUUUGUGUGCAUGUCUGUGUGAUGUCAAAGAGGUGCCACUACUAAAGAUUCAUUAUGUAGUUUAGGCUGAAAACCUUACGGUCUUACUGCUUUCUGUGUUUUUGUAAAUAGAAAUGUGCGUUUAUUGUAAAGUAAUGUCGAAGCUGUUGAAGGUACAUGGAUGCAGAAUAUUACUAAGCUGUAUUUUCUUAACGUGUGCAAAUCUUUCAAACUGUAGAUGCAACUGGAAAGGCUCUUUGUGUCACCAUGGUAGCAGACUUUGUUUCUAUUAUGGCUGAAUCAUUCCUUAUAGACAGUUAUGCAUGUUUUUUUUCCCCCACAAGAAACAGAACCAAAUAUUCUUAUUAAACAUCAACAUUCAUGGAAAUAUCAAUAAAAUCCUCUAAUUACAUUGUACAACCAGA